AUGAGAAUCUCUGAAGAAAUGCAAUCUAAUAUACAUGAUACUGCCCAUGAAAGGAUUGAUGAAAAAAAGGAUGAACAGGUGGGGGUAACUUUCAGUGAAAGAGAAGCUUAUAUGAAUCAGAUAUCUGAGGUUGAGGAAUGUGGGGAGGAGGAGGAACAUUAUGAGGAAGAUGAGGAUGAGUUGAACGCCAAUUUAGAUCCCGAAUUUUUGUUAGAUGAGGGUAGAAAGCUAAGAAAAGAGAAGAAAUUUGACGAAGCUAUUGUAAAGUUAUACUGGGCCAUGACGAACAAAAUGAAUCUUUUAAAUAUUACGGAAGAGAGUGGAAUAGACCCGAGACUCUCUGAGUAUUAUUUGAUUUAUGCAGAUGUACUUUUGGAAAAAGAAGAGAAUUCUACUAAUUUCUUUUUUUCCAAAAAAAGUGAACAGCAGGAUUUAAUGAACCCAUUAUCGUCUUCUUCCUCUUCUUCCUCUUCUUCCUCUUCUUCCUCUUCUUCCUCUUCUUCCUCUUCUUCCUCUUCUUCCUCUUCUUCCUCUUCAUCAUCAUCAUCAUCUUCACAAACUCUUAAAUCUUCAGAGCAAAUGUUAAUAGAGUCAACUGUGAUGGGUAUGGCAAAUAGCAGCAUGGCUGAAGCUACAGAUGAAGAGGUGGCGUGGGAGAAUUUUGAGGCUGCAAAGCUAGCUUAUAUUAAGUUGAUUUACCUAAAAAAGAAAGGGGACUAUGAUAGAUAUUGCCAAGGAAUAGUUCCAGAAUAUAUGAAGAGUUUGUUCACAUCUAGUGAGUUGAACGAUGGAAAGUUUGAGGAGCUUCUGAAGGAAGUUUGCACUUGUGAUUCUGAGGAGAGAUCAAGGAUACCAGAUAAAGAUAUCACAGAUUUAUCAUUUGUUUUUAUUAGGUUAGGUGACAUUUUACAGUUGGCAGAAAAGUAUUACGAAGCUUCAAUUGAAUACAAAAAUUCCCUAUUUAUCUUAGAGACAUUCAAGCUACCAGAAGAUACAAUCGAACCUUCAUUAAUAUGUUUGGCUCAAAGCACAUUGUUUUCAGGUAAAAUUAAAGAUUCGAAAGUUUUGUUUGAGAGAGCUUUAAAUUUAGUUAAAAAUCACUUAGAAGGGAAAAACGGAAUGUCUGCUCCUACAGAUCCUAAACAAAUUGAAGCUUAUAAACUGACAUUGGAAGAUUUACAAUUAACUUUAGAUGAUAUUAAUCGUAAAUUGGCAGUGAACCAAGAAGACCAAAAACCUAUUACAGCUAUUCCCAAAUUGGAAGAAAUAAAGAAAGAAAAUACCUUCAAUAAAGCUCAGCUUCCCGAGACUGAACCUGUUAAAGUUAUUAAUACAGUUGAGAUAAAUGGAAGCUUUUGUGAAAAUACCGUAGAUAAUAAGAAGAGAAGAAUUGAUUUAUCUAAGAUAUAA